CGAGUGUUAUACAUCCUAUAAACACCGAGUCGAAUUGGUCAAGGUUGCUGUUCGUCGGUGGCCGCAGUUAGUUGAGUGUCAUGGGAAAAGUGUGCGGUUUAUUUUUGUUGGGCAUAUUUGCCACUUUAGCGUUCGUCGGAUUUAAAACUUAUUCGAUUUUAUAUCAUGUGCCGCAAUUACCCAAAAUGGAGGACACAUGGUGGGGCCCCAGAGACCCCACUAAAGAGGAUACUUCCAUAAAACCAUUUAAAAUUAACGUGUCUGAUCAGUUACUGGAGGAUUUGAAACAUAGAUUGGACAUUUCCAAACCCUUCGUUCCUCCUUUGGAGAACGUAGCUCACAAUUACGGCAUAAACACAAAACUCCUAAACGAAAUAAUCACUUAUUGGAAGACAACAUACAACUGGAAACAAAGAGAAGCAUUCUUGAACAAGUAUCCCCAGUAUAUAGUCAGCAUUCAAGGUUUAAAGAUUCAUUAUAUCCAUGUGAAACCUACAAAUACCGCUGGUAAAAAGGUUUUACCUUUGAUUCUCUUCCACGGAUGGCCCGGCUCAGUUAGAGAGUUCUACGAAAUCAUCCCCCUUCUAACCAAACCUCAAAAAGAUUACGUUUUUGAACUCAUCAUACCUUCUCUUCCCGGGUAUGGAUUCUCUGAAGGCGCAGUCAGGCCUGGAAUGGGUGGAGCACAUAUGGCAGUUAUUUUCAAAAACUUGAUGGAUCGACUUGGUUUUAAGAAAUAUUACGUUCACGGUGGUGAUUGGGGUGGACUCAUUGUUCAAGUUAUGGCUACAAUGUAUCCCGACAAGGUUAUUGGCGUUCACUCUAAUGCGUGCUUUGUUAACUCACCAUUGGCAAAUUUCAUCACCAUUUUGGGAAGUUUUGCCCCAUCGUUGGUUGCUGAAAAGCACGAAAUUGACAAAGUGUAUCCAAUGACUAAUAAAUUCAUGUAUCUUAUUGAAGAAAGUGGAUAUAUGCAUAUUCAAGGGACAAAACCAGACACCAUAGGAGCUGCCCUCAGAGACAGCCCAGUAGGUUUAGCUGCAUACAUAUUGGAAAAAUUCAUCACGUGGACAAAUCCAUCGUUCAAAAACCAACUUGAUGGAGGACUUAAACUUAAAUACGACUUUGAUAAACUUCUAGACAAUGUAAUGAUUUACUGGGUAUCUGACUCCAUAACAACUUCAGUUAGAUUAUAUUCUGAAAGCCUCAGUAGUACUCAUAUGUCUCUUGGGUUGGAAAAUAUUCCUGUGAAAGUUCCAAGUGGAUGUGCUAGAUUUGCACACGACUUGUUUUAUAGUUCAAAAACUGUCUUGGAGACUAAAUAUCAUAAUUUGAUUCAUGUUACGGACUAUGAAGGUGGACAUUUCGCUGCUUUAGAAUUACCGGGAACAUUAGCUAAAGAUAUUUUUACUUUUGUAAAUAAAGUAGAAAAGUUGCCUAAAGGAACACAAAAACAAGAACUGUAACUGGAGUAUUGUAAAUUGUUUAUUAAAGAAAUUUUU